AUGCGACUGCGCAGUCGAAAGCGUAGCAUUACUUCAUCAGUAUCAGUGACAAACACAAGCCAAGCUUUAAGCCCCAAGCAUACCAAAAAACGGGCCGUCACGUCAAGUUAUUCAUCCUUGGGGGCAAAGAACUUUCGUCAAAAGAUUCCUGUCCUCUGCACACGAAGUGAAAGUACCACACACGCCACAAGCGACUCCAAGGUUCUGCUACGAUACCCAACUUUGAUCCCAGCGCGACUCAUUCGUCGCUAUAAACGGUUUCUGGCCGAUGUUGUGUUGCAUGACGAAAAAAUUAAAAACGAGAGCACAACUCAUGAUCGAGCAGAAGAAGUCGUAACUGUAUACUGCCCAAACACGGGACCGAUGGUGGGGUUGCUGGAAGGAUUACCACAUGCUCGCGUACAAUUAUCAAAAAGUGACGAUUCGAAGCGCAAGUAUGCGUAUACGCUCGAGAUGAUCGAGAUUUAUAAUGGAGAAAAAUACGUGUGGGUUGGCGUGCAUUCUACGAUGGCAAACAGAAUGGUGGAACAAGCAUUAGCUACGCGAUUGUUUUCCGAGCUUGGCGAUUAUGACGUUGUUAAAAGGGAAGUAAAGUUCUCCAAGAACAGUCGUGUGGACUUUGUGUUGACGACGUAUGAUCACGAUGGCACCAUUGCCCAUGAGAAAUACGUCGAAGUUAAAAGUGUCACUCUAGCACUGAGCGAUAGUGCAGACACUUUGUCACGCUGCGCUAUGUUUCCAGAUACAGUGUCAAUUCGAGCUCAAAAACACGUUGCAGAGCUGACGAAGUUAUUACAGGAUCAGAUUGAGACAGAAGCAAGUAAUGAGAAGGUUAGUGGAGCCAUUAUUUUUUUGGUGCAGCGCGAUGAUUGCAACGGGUUUGCGCCGUCUGUGCUGCACGACAAAAAGUUUGCUAGCCUGUGCACAGUAGCUAAGAAGAAGGGUGUUCAACUGCUAGGCUACUCGUGCGCAUUGAUUCCAGACGAGAAAAAAUUAUCCGGAAUUGUGCAACUUUUAGGACCUCUGUCGUUACGAUCAGCCGAGUAA